GUCUGGUUCUGGUCUGAUCCUGGUCUGGUUCAGCUCUGAUUCUGGUCCAGUUCUGGUUCUGGUUUCUUGGGUUCAGGUCAGAAUAACCCAGAUUUUAUCUCAUUCCUCCAUCAGCCUCUGUUGUUCCGUCUCUCCAGAAGAAAGCGGAUCCAGCUCCUGUUCUGGUAAGUGGAUCAGAACCAACCCAGCAGGUUCUGGUUCUGUAGAGUGAGUCCCGGAGUUUGACUCUCUGUGGAGGAUCUAAGGAAUCCACCGGCGGAUCUCCAUGGAUCCGAGCCGCACAGGUGAGAUCAGUUCUGUUGUUCAGAACCAGGAAGGUUCAGACGGGGGUUCUGGUUCUGGUUCUGGUCUGAACCUUGAACCUCAUCUGGCCGCCGAACCUGGACCUGCUGAUGUCAUUGGUCCAGUCAGUCAGUUCCAAUAUGAACAGUUCUUUUGUUGCUCUCUGAACAGAACCCAUGACUGAGGCCCGUCUGUCCGUCUACAGAACCGCCAUGAAGGUCCGGUCUCUGCAGAGGUUCUGCCACAGUAAGACUCACUGGUUCCUUCCCAGUUCAGCUCUGCACCAGUUCACCAGCAGUCCAGUUCAGCUAAACCAGUUCCUAAACUGACUGUGUUCAGGUCAUGAAUGAACUUUUUCAUUAUAACCAGAACCGAUUCACUUUGCUGAUUUGGGACAGUUCACUCUGAAGUGACUGGUUCAUGAGGAACGAACAGGUUCAGUGAUUCAGUUCAAUGAUUCAGUCUUCAAGGUUCCAUUAAUUCACAUCAUCAGGACUUAGUGACAGUUAAUCAUUAAACAUGUUUAGUUCACCUUUAAUGAACUAAAUGAAUCAGUUCAUAUCAUGUACUGAUUCAUAUUAAUGACUCAGUGAAUGAAUUGGUUCAGUUUAAUGAAUCACUGAAUGAAUUGAUUCAUAUUAAUUGAAUCACUGAAUGAAUCAGUUCAUAUUAAUGAAUCGCUGAAUGAAUCAGUUCAAAUUAAUGAAUCGCUGAGUGAAUCAGUUCAUAUUAAUGAAUCGCGGAGUGAAUCAGUUCAUAUUAAUGAAUCACUGAGUGAAUCAGCUCAUAAUAAAUCACUGAAUGAAUCAGUUCAUAUGAAUGAAUCAGUUCAUAUUAAUGAAUCACUGAAUGAAUCAGUUCAUUUUAAUGAAUCAGUUCAUAUGAAUGAAUCACUGAAUGAAUCAGUUCAUAUUAAUGGAUCAGUUGACCUUGUGACCUGUCUUUUCGUUCCAGUGGACGCCAUCUUCAUUCAGCACAUCGCAGCAGCCUUCCAGCUGGUGGGCGGGGCUAAUCCCAGAAGUGACGCCAUGUUGAACAGGGAAAGCGUGGCCGAGGUUCUCAACAGGAUGUUUAAUUGCGCGUCCCAGGAAGUGACUGCUGCGGCAUCAGAGGAGACCGGCAGUCUGCUGUUCAGGCUGUUUGAUCGAGAGGGGACCGGUCAGGUGUCGGCCCGGUCUCUGCAGACCGCUCUGGUCGCUCUGUCUGCGGACAGCGUGCUGGCCAAAUACAGGAGUCUGGUUCGUCUGUCAGGGGACGGCUCCGGAUCCGUCACCAGGUCUGGACUCAGCUCUCUGCUGCAGGACCUCAGCAAGGUUCCUGUGGCGGUCCAGGAGCAGGAAGUGUUCGGCAGCGUGGAGACAGCGGUCACUUCCUGUUUUAACCAGGGCGGGGCUCCAGCUGUCAGCCAAUCACAUCUCCUCUCGUGGCUGAAGAGCGAGCCCCGGCUGUUGCUAUGGUUACCGACUCUCUACAGACUGUCUGCCAGUCAGAAGGUGAGCCACGCCGUCCGCUGCCACACCUGUAAGGCCUUCCCCAUCGCCGGGCUCAGGUAUCGCUGCAGGAAGUGUGUGAACGUCCAGGUGUGUCAGGACUGCUUCCUGAAUGGCCGGCAGACCAGGAAGCACAAAACACACCACCCAGUGGUCGAGUUCUGCACUCAGCCCACCUGGAGAGAAUCUCUGUCCUCCUUGAUGCAUAAUGCUCGUCACGCCCUGUUGCCACGACGAAACACUCACAGAGAAACUGAUAGGACAAGCGUCUUGACUUGGGCGGAGCCAGCAGAGACCCAGAACAGAGCUCCGCCCACCUCUGAUGCUGCGACGCCAUUGGCCGCCUCAGCACGCUCUUCCUCUUUUGAUGAAGAGGAGGCCCGGGACGCCGCGGUGCAGGCAUCUCCUCCUCAUACUUCGUCCAAGUCUCUGCAGACGUAUGAGGCUCUGCCCCCCCAGCAGGGGGCGGCGCUGCUGACUGAAGUCAGAAACCUGAAGAGAGAUAAGUGGCUGCUGGAGCAGCAGCUCGGGGCGUGGCGCCUCACUGUCCAAUCAGAGCAGGGCAUCCUGGAGGACCGCUGCUCUGAGAUGGAGGUCACCAUGGCAACGAUGAGGCAGCACAACGAAAGGCUGCAGGACAUGCUCAACCAGGCUCUGAGAAAGAUGGAGGCUCAACAACACGCCAACAACACGGAUCACACUGAGGGAGGAACCGCCACGCCGACCUCUGACCCGCCAACCGACGAUGAGGAAGAGGAGGAGCUGAUGAAGGACGGGGAUGAAUGGAGCCUGAAGGAGCCUCAAACUCCAUCUCUCACAAUUCCACGCAAAUCCACUCUGUCACAUGAUGAACAUGAGGAGAAAACGCUAAAGGACUGUCAGCCAAUAGGACGACAGGAAACGCCAGAGGACUGUGAGCCAAUAGGACGACAGGAAACACUAAAGGAUUGUCAGCCAAUAGGACGACAGGAAACGCCAGAGGACUGUCAGCCAAUAGGACGACAGGAAACACUAAAGGAUUGUCAGUCAAUAGGACGACAGGAAACACUAAAGGACUGUCAGCCAAUAGGACGACAGGAAACGCCAGAGGACUGUGAGCCAAUAGGACGACGGGAAACACUAAAGGAUUGUCAGUCAAUAGGACGACAGGCAGACCAAGAGGAGGAGGGGCUACAAACAAAUGUCGCCUCUCUGUCUGAUGCAGAGGAUCCUGGGACUUGUAGUCCUGAAAUCUUACUGCAGCAGACUGUGGACAGACUGAAGACGGAGAUGGACGGGAUGAGAGACAGAAACACAGGUGAGAGCGUGAGGGCGGAGCUAGCGGCAGCAGCGGAGCAGGUAGGGGAUGCGGUGUCCCGCCUGGUGGACGCUGUGAGGACAAACUGAGCAGGCGUGGCUCGUAGAAAAAUUUUAUUCUGGACCAAUAUUUAAACACGCAGGUAGAAAAGGUAAAAACAUGGCCACCUGUUAAACAGUAUGGAGACACAGAGCUGCCGAACGCUGAACAGUAAACAAUGAUGUCAAUAAGUAUGUCUCCAUGGCAACAAACAUGUAGCUGUACUGGUUUCCAUUUGUAAAAACGUUCUUUACCUACAAAAUUAUUAAAACAGAUUAUCCAUAAAGAAAA